AUGUUUAAAUCAUCUUUCAUUUCCAACAAUUUCAUUCCCUCAUGGUUCAAGAAAUCAUCAACAUCCACACAAUCAAAUGUUGUUGUUGUUGAUCCAAGUACUAUUCCUAAGAACUUUACUAUAUCAAACACUGAUAAUAAAUUGAUUAAUGUAUCAAUGAAUAAUGUUCAACAUGAUGAUGAUGAAUUUAUUGAUAUUGAAACCAAACCUUUGAGUUAUGCUGAAGUUGCUUCAUUAGGUAAAAAUAAGAAACAAACCAAUAUGGCCAAACCUAGUAAAGGCGUGAUCAAUAAGAAUCAAUUCAAUGUAUUAAAUGAUAAAGAUAUUAAUGAUAAUGAAGAUGGUGAAAAAAAUGGUCAUGGUGGAGUUAUGGAUAUUGAAAUUAAUUAUCAAUAUGAUGAACCAAUAAAAUCUGGUGAUGAAUAUAAUAAAAGUAAAAGUUAUAAAUUAAAACAACAAAAAUCUAUUCAUAAGAAAAAACAAUUACAUCGUGAAUUUAAAGCUCAAAAAUUAAAAGCAAGCAGUUAA